UUCAAGAUGGCAAGCGAGUUAAGCGAAAUCGCUGCCCAAAUCACUGAAAAUGUGACGGAAAGCACUGGCUCGGUGACAAAAAGAGUACCCUCGACACCUGAGGGAAUGGCCAUUGCUUAUGGUAGCUUAAUUGUUAUGGCUAUUGUGCCGAUUUUCUUUGGCAGUUACAGAGCUGUUAAACACCAUAAGGAGCAGCAGCAACAAUGCAAAGAAACUGGGAAACAGCCAGAAACAAUGACACGUAAAGAAGCAAUGAUGUUCCCAUUCAUUUCUAGCUUUAUAUUAGUUGGGCUGUAUCUAGUAUAUAAGAUACUUCCACAGGAAUAUGUUAAACUACUGCUAGUUACUUAUUUUUUCUUCUUAGGCAUACUUGCAUUGUGUCAUCUUACCAGUCCAGUAAUAUCGUCAUUAGUACCUGCUGCUAUUCCAAAAACUCAGUAUCACAUACUAUUCACUCAGGGUGAAGGUGACAAGGCAGAAAAUAUUAUAGAUUAUAAGUUUAAUCUUCAUGAUAUUGUUUGCUUGGUUUGUUGCUCUUUUGUUGGAGCUUGGUAUGUUCUAAAAAAGCAUUGGAUUGCCAAUAACUUGUUUGGUAUUGCAUUUGCAAUCAAUGGAGUGGAACUGUUACAUCUGAACAAUGUCAUAACAGGAUGCAUCUUGCUUUGUGGACUUCUCUUAUAUGAUGCAUUCUGGGUAUUUGGUACAGAUGUGAUGGUAACAGUUGCCAAUGCGUUUGAAGUACCGAUUAAGUUAGUAUUUCCACAAGACUUGUUGGAGAAAGGUCUUACUGCCAGCAACUUUGCCAUGCUAGGCUUAGGUGACAUUGUUUUGCCUGGCAUCUUUAUCGCGCUGUUAUUGCGUUUCGAUAAUAGCUUAAGUAGAAAAACGAACGUGUAUUUCUACUCAACGUUUUUCGCGUAUUUUAUGGGACUUCUGGCUACAAUGCUGAUUAUGCAUUUGUUCAACCACGCACAGCCGGCGCUGGUGUAUUUGGUGCCCGCUUGUUUGGGCACUCCUCUACUUUUGGCGGCAGUCAAAGGAGAUUUUCAAGCGUUGUUUUCUUACGAGGAUCAUCCUAAAAGUCUAAAAGAAACUGAAAAACCUGCACAAACGCAAGCAGAAAUGAAGAAAGCAUCAUAAUAUUUGAAUUCAAAAUGAACAGUGUAUCAGAAUCAUCAGCAUUGCUAUUAUGCUGUUACGAUUAAAAAACUACAUCGUGUAUAGGGAAAAGGAUCGAUACUUUAUGUCUUAUGCUCAAGAUGUACAAUUACACAUUCUGAUACACAUUGAAACAGAGAUAAUUUAUUAUGAUGCGUGGUAAAGUGUGUUCCCAUUUCGUUUUUCGAAACAUCGGGAGACAUAAGAAAUUUAUCAAAACUAAUAUAUAGAAAUAUUACCAGGGAAUGUAAGUUGUGCAAACAAUCGAAUUGGUAUAGGAAAUAGGAAUUAUUUCUUGUCGAAGAAUUUUUUUAACGAAGCGCUUUAAGUAUUACGUCGGCCCAUAUGAUACGACAUAA